AUGCCUCCAAUGCAAUCUCCCCAGUUAGGCGCCAUGUCUACCAUGACGCUCCCCGCAUCGCCUCCCACUGGUUCUCUCAACCUGUCGAGCUUUUCUAGGGGAAACAGCCCAUUCACUGGAGGCAACUUCGGUCAGCAAAUCACGGGCCCCAAAGGACCGUUCUUUGCGAGUUCAGACAGCGGCGCACCCCAGUCGCAGCAGCCAUACCAGCAAUUCCAAGCAACCCCGCAAGUCUUCGACUCUAUCGAUAGAGCGCAGUCGGAGCGCAGACCGCUGGCCAACCCAUUCGGGAUCGAGGACUCUGACUUCCGUGAUGCCUCCACUGGCACACAUGCAGCCAACGCAGACGCAGAAUCCAAGAGCAGACUGGACGCCGAGGCCGCAAAGCUCCGACGCAUGCAGCAGAGACUAGCGCUCGAAUUUCAACUCCACCAGCAGCGGGAAGACAACAGCCAGCGCCAGCCCGCGAUUGCCAGAGAAUGGUGGAAGAAGGAGAGCGCCGCGAGAAUCCGCCUCGCCAAAGAAGUCGGCAAGCUCCGGGAAGAGUAUGCGAGCCUGAAGGCCGAGCUCGACGACGCCAGGGAGGUGAUCCGGAUCUACAACGGGCAGCAGGUGGAGAAGCAGGAUCAGUUACGGUACGAUCAGUACGUUCAGAACACGUCCGUCUGGCAGCACUGCCUUCGAGACGUCUUUACCAGCCUCAGCAGUCUCAACAUCGAUAUCGAUAUGCCGGAGGAUGGUGAUGAGUUUCGGGAUAUUCUUGUUGCGGUCAUUCCCAUGCUCACGAAAUAUUAUGAUCCGAUUGUGGGGAUCAACGAGUUCAUCGACCAAGCCCAGCCUGGAGAGACGUACUGCUUCAACCACAUCAUUAGCAGGUUUAAAUCUGACGACGACUUUCCACCUUUUGAGCCUUCCUCUUGCCCAAGUUGUUCCAAGCAAGAUGAUGAAUCGUGUUUCAAGAUUGAGUGCCUUCCUCGCUCUGCGGGCGAGAAGAAGACUUACAAUUUCCCUUCGGUACAAGGCCCGAAGCCCUAG